AUGGGUAUUAUCUUAGUGGUAAUACGUGUGUCGGUUUGUUACUUUCUUGGUUUAGUUUUAAAAAUUCUUUUUAACAAAGUCUCAUUUUUAGAAUGUCCACCAAACUGUGAGGAUGGACUUUGUUCAAAUGAAGGUGUUUGUUAUAAAUGCGCAAAUAACACAAUAUUUAAUGGUGACAGAGAGUGUGUUAGUUUAAAUGCUACACAUUGUAAAACAGCAGAAAACGGUUUGUGUACUUCUUGUGAAAGUAAGUAUCGGCUCGUUAAUAAUAAGUAUUGUUUAGAAUCUGUUGAUUGUUGGAUAGGUGCUAUUAAAGUGGAGGAGGGAUUUUGUAUUAGCGCUAGUGAUGCCCACUGCCGAGGAUAUGGUAAUUAUCAGUGUUGGGAUUGUAUGACAGGGUAUAUAAAGAAUGGAAGUUAUUGUACACGACUAGAAUAUGUUGACGAAAAAUGUAAGGCAUCAAAAGUGUUAUAUGGGUCUACUGUUUGUUCAGUCUGUGAGGAUGGUUUUUAUCCAAAUGGUGUUAGUUGUUCAAAGUGUUCUGAUAUUGUUGGGUGUUCAAGUUGUAUGACUCAAACAACAUCAAAACAACUUAUUGUUAAAGAGUGUUCAAGUUGUUCAUCUGGAUAUUUAGAAAAUAAUCAAUGUAUCACAAUACCAAAUUGUAAGGUAUAUAAGUCUAAUACAUGUGACACUUGUUUAGAUUCUUAUAUUUUAGAAAAUAAUAAUUGUGUUGCUGCAUCAACAAAAAACUGUAAAAGAAGUACUGAAAAUAAUUGUGUUGAAUGUGCUGAUGGUUAUUAUUUAACUUCAUCUUCUCUUUGUCAGUCUUGUAGUACUUUCAAUGGAAAUGGUAAGUGUUAUGCAUGUAAUAUUACAUCAUGCAGCUUAUGUGGUAGUGGUAUGACAAUUGAUAAUGGAAUGUGUCAACCUUGUUCUGUUUUACCUCAUUGUAAGUUGUGUGACUCAUCAAGUAAUAAAUGUUCUAUGUGUGAGAAUGGAUAUUAUCUAUCAAAUAGCCAACAAUGUGUUAAAUGUCCAAAUUCAUGUGCUUUAUGUUCAUCAGAGAAUGAGUGUUCUGAAUGUAACACAGGAUAUUAUUUAGAUGGAAUUACAUGCAAAGGAUGUAGUACCAUUGAUGGGUGUCAAGAUAACCAAUGUACAACAACUGGACUAUGUACUAAGUGUGUGAGUAAUUCGUAUAUAUUAGAGUCAGGACGAUGCACUCUUUGUUCUUCUAAAUACCAAAAUUGCUCUACUUGUAAUUCAACUUCAUGUCUUAGUUGCAAUUCAGAUAAUUAUCCAGCGUCUCAAAUUCAUUGUUUAUCAUGUGAUUCAUUAUCUGGUUGUAGUGACUGUAGUCAAACAGAAAAGGCAUGCAACAGGUGUGUUAGUGGAUUCUUCCUAAUUGGUAAAACAUGUAAGACGUGUUAUCAAAUAGAUCCUAAUUGUGAGUCAUGUAGUUCAACUACAAAUAAAUGUUCUGUUUGUAAAGAAGGUUAUACGUUAUUAAAUUCAGUUUGUACUUUAUGUUCUACAGCCAUUCCUAAUUGUGAUACAUGCUCUCCAUCAGAAUUAAUUUGUAAUUCAUGUAAAAAUGAAUACUAUUACCCUAAUAUGUCACAAUGUCUUCCAUGUUCCAAACUAACUGAUAAUUGUGCUGUUUGUUCUAGUGAAAGGAAAUGUCUUGGUUGUGAAACAUCAAAGAAUGUAUAUUUAAAUACAACAACUAAUACAUGUGACUCUUGUCAUAAUAUUGAAAAUUGUGAAACUUGUGAUUCUAAUGGGAGAUGUAAUAAAUGCAAUUCAGAUAAGUUCCGUAUUUCUGAUGGAAAGUGUAUUAAUUGUAAUGAUGGUACUGAUUUUGUUGGGUGUUCUAAAUGUGAUCCUUCAUCAAGUACAAUAUGCACAGAAUGUGUUGAUGGAUAUUAUCUUCACUCUUCUCAAUGUUUAAAAUGUUCUUCUAAUUGUGUCAAAUGUGAGUCUUCAUCUUGUUCUAUGUGUGCAUCAGAAUUUUUGAAUAUCAAUGGUAGUUGUGUUAGUUGUAUGUCUGUAGGAUGUUCGAAAUGCGAUUCUACUCUAAAUACAUGUUCUAACUGUAGCGAUGGAUUUUCUUUAAUUAAUGGGUCUUGUGUUGGUUGUAGUAAUAUCACUAAUUGUAAAGUUUGUUCUUCCAAUAUUUGUUCAGAAUGUAAUACUGGGUAUUAUCUCAAUGAAAAUGUAUGUAAUCCAUGUGGUGAUUCAUGCACUGAUUGUAAUAAAACAAAUAAUACAAUAGUAUGUAAUGAAUGUUCAGAAAGAUAUUAUUUGUCUUCAGGUACGUGUCAUAAUUGUGGUGACAAUUGUCUUUCAUGUGAUGAUACCAAAUGUUUGAACUGUGAAUCUUCAUAUACACCUAAUACAAAAAAGGGAUGUGGGUCAUGUGGAACUGUUAUUAAAGGAUGUGUAAAAUGUUCAACCACCUCAACUGAAUGCAUGGAAUGUUCACCAGGAUAUUAUUUAGAUGCAAAGACAUGUGUUCAAUGUAAUAUCAAUGACUGUGUCACUUGUUCUGGACCAAGUACAUGUACCUUGUGCUCUAAAAACACUGUAUUACAAAAUGGUGAAUGUAUUACAUGUCCUAGUGGAACAAUUAUAAAUGAAGAUAGUACUAAAUGUAUCCAAUGUACCCAUUAUAUUUCGAACUGUAGUUUCUGUAGGUCAAAUACAGAAUGUUUUAUAUGCAAUGAUGGAUUUUAUUUAACUAGUGAUGGAAAAGAAUGUAAGCCUUGCAAUGGGAAAGUAAUUCGACCAAAUGAGUGUGUAGAAGCUCCAGAACAUUGUACAAUUUAUAUCUCAAAUACAAAUUGUCUUAAAUGUGAACAGCAUUACGUUUUAAGAUCAGGAAAAUGUACAUUAUAUUCUAAUGAAGAGUAUUGUAUCCAACAUGACAGUGAAGACGAAGUUGGUUGUGAUAAUUGCUUAGCUUCUAUUUCUCCAAGUGGUAUUUGUGAUGCAUUUACAAGAACUACCUCAUUAUCUUUUUUUAAUCAAACUUUAGGUGAAGGAGUAGGUUAUUACGAAUCAUCGACUAUGCCUUCUUAUAAAAAAGAAACAUCCAGUUGUUUGUUUGAGUGGAGAGGAAAGUGUUGGAAGUGUAAUGAUGGAUAUUACAUGAAUAGUGAGAAUGUGCCUCAAUGCAAUAUUUGUAAUGAGACAUGUGGAAGUUGUGUUUUACCCUCAACAUUAGAAGGAACUAAAUGUCUUAAUUGUAGUUCUUCUUCUGGAGAUAUAGAUGGAAAUAGUAUUAUUCCAAUUUGUUCUAGCGAUAGUCAUUGUACUCAAUUUAAAGGUGUUACUUGUUCCUCUUGUGAAAAAAAGUAUUAUUUGAAUAAAAACAAAUGUACUAUGUGUCAGCCUAAUUGUGACAGUUGUAUUCCUUCUUCUAUAUCAACAAUAUGUCUUAUAUGUUCUUCUGGUUACUAUAAAACAAAUGAUGGAUUAUGCAAGAAAGCCCAAGACGAUUGUGCCAUUAUUUCAUCAACAACGACAACAUGUGAAAAAUGUGUUGAACGAAAAAAAUUAGAUGAGAAUGGAAGUUGUGUUACUAUUACUGAAGAAAAUUGUGGGUUUGUUGUUGAAGGAAAAUGUAAAGAAUGUUUAGAAGGAUUUAAUUUGAUAAAAAAUGAUGCUGGGUCUUGGGUAUGUAAUGCAAGUCCAAACUUUAAUUUUUGCACAGCCACAACAACUACUGGUUGUUUGAGGUGUGAAGAAGGGAAGUUUUUAGACCAAGAUAAUGUAUGUCAGCCCUGUGAUAUAAAUUGUGCUACCUGUUAUGGAAAUACAACCAACUGUACAACAUGUAAUUUUGGAUAUAAAUUGACAAAAAAUAAUACUUGUGAAUCACUUGGUUCUUUGGUAGAAAGUUGUUUAACAUUUUUCCCGGAUGCAUCUGGUUGUGCAAUAUGCAAAGAUGGCUUUUAUCAAACAUAUAAGAAUUGUGCUGAAUGUCAUGAGUCAUGCCUGACAUGUAAUCAAAAUGCCUUCAAUUGCCUUUCUUGUAACUUUACUGGAGGUUAUUAUUUUGAUAUAGAAACGUCAAAGUGUUUGUCCAAUGACACAUUAAAAAAUUGUACUGCCUCAGAAUAUGAUGGUUGUGUGGCAUGUGAGAAAGGUACAUAUUUGUCAUUAACUUAUAAAAAAUGUUAUAAGUGUAGUGAGAGUUGUUUCCAAUGCACUAAUUCAGCAAAUCAUUGUACUGAAUGUAAUGAAGGCUUUGUAUUAUCUGAUGGUCAGUGUAAAAAUUAUUUAGAUAUUCCAAAUUGCCUUUCAUCAUCUAACUCAAAAUGUACAUCAUGUAAAGGAUGGUAUGAGCCAAAUAAAGAUGGUUCAGGGUGUGAAACUACAGUCAGUAAUUUGAUUCUUAUUUGUGUUCCAAUAGCAGGGUGUUUAGCAGUCAUAAUUAUUAUAGUAUUGGUUGUCAUUUUUCUCAUAUUUAUUAUUCAAACAAGAAGAAAGAAAAAAGAAAGAGAGGAGAAGAUUUGUGAAUUUGACAUGAGCCGUUGUAAUAUGUUAUUUGAAGAUGUAGAUAAAGAAAGUGGGUUAUGUGUUAAUAAAAAAGAACUUACAUUUACUAUUGAUAGAAUGAGUGACACCAUUCCAGUUGGAGAAGAGUCAAGGGAUUUAUUAUGUAUUGGAAAUAAAAAAUCUCAUACACUAAAAGUUCAAAUUACUACUAAAACGAAUAUUGACAAAUAUUAUAUAAGAAGUGACCCUUCACUAAUUACUAUCGAUAAAGGAAAAGCAGUUGAAUUUAGUAUAUUCAUUAAGCCAUUAUGUACAACAACAAUAGAUGAUUCUCUUGUUCUUUUAGGAUUAGAUAUGAAGAAAGGAAAACAAUAUGAAUCGCGUAUUGGUAUUUCCUUUAAAACAGAAUUAACAACACGACUUGAUUAUGAAGAACUUAAGGAAGAAAAGAAAUUAGGAGAAGGGUCAUUUGGAAUAGUAUAUCUUGGAAACUUUAGAGGAAAUGAAGUAGCAAUUAAGAAAAUGAAAAUAUCUCUUAAUGAAGAAAAACAAAUGGAAGAAUUUGAGAAAGAAGUGAAUAUGUUAGACAAAUUUAGAAAUGAAUAUGUCAUUCAUUUCUAUGGAGCUGUAUUUAUUCCUAAUAAAAUAUGUAUGGUAACUGAAUUUGCUAAGUAUGGGUCAUUAAGUGAUUUAAUGCAUAAACACUCAAAAAGAAUUGAAAAUAAUAUGAUCACUAAAUUGCUUUCUGAUGCAGCUCAUGGAAUUCAAUAUCUUCAUCAAAAUGGAAUCUUGCAUCGAGACAUUAAACCAGAUAAUUUCCUUGUUGUGUCGCUAGAAAAUAAUAUACAAGUUAAUUGUAAAUUAACAGACUUUGGGGCAUCAAGAAAUAUUAAUAUGUUAAUGACAAAUAUGACAUUUACUAAAGGAGUUGGAACACCAAUGUACAUGGCACCAGAAGUAUUGAAAAAAGAACAUUACAAAUUACCUUCUGAUAUUUAUUCAUUUGCUAUUACAAUGUAUGAAGUAUCAAUUUGGAGAAAUCCUUUCCCAAAAGAACAAUUUAAAUAUCCAUGGGAAAUUGCAGAUUUUAUAAGUGAAGGAAAACGACCAAGAAAAGAAGAUAUCAUUGAUGAUUGGCUCUUUGAUCUGAUUGAACAUUGCUGGAAUCAAAAUCCAAAAGAAAGGUAUAACGCCAAUCAAAUUGUUGAUGUUUUUAUAAAAAAUCUGCAAACGAAUUAA